UUCAAAGCCAAGGGGAGCAAAGCGAAAGCCAAGCCAAGCGAUGGCAGAAGGCGCUUCGGGGCUACCCCGGUUGAAGCAAUGCCUGAUCAGGCGGGCAGGCCAACAGGAACAGCAUGGGGUGGCCGCCUCCACCCUCCAGGAACUGAAGAUUAAAGCCUGCAAUCUGCUCGCAAUUGACUUGGAUUCCCAGCCUGUCACUUUGGUCCUGGCGGGAGAUGGCACCAUAGUAGACGACGACGAUUACUUUUUGUGUCUGCCCCAAAACACCAAAUUUGGGGUGGUAGCCAAGAAUGAGAAAUGGACCGCCAGCAGCAACACAGGUGAGGGCACAACUUGGCUAGAGGAAGAGAUCACAAACACAAACGAAGUGGACGGCGGUGGAGAAAAAUGGCAGGUUUUGGCCAGGCAGCUGAAGAACGACUUGUCCACCAUUGUGCUGAUGUCUGAAGAAGACCUCCAGGCACUCAUUGAUGUCCCGUGCUCAGAUUUGGCUCGAGAACUGUCAGAGAAUCCGCUCCAAACCCAAAGGUUACAAAGGACCCUUCAGGAGACCCUGGACAGGCGGGAAGAGGAGCGUCAAUCCCGUCAGCUUCUGGAACUUUACCUGCAGGCGGUAAAAAGGGAGGAUCAGGCUGCAUCCACAGCAGAAGCAUCAGAAGCAGAGGAAAAACCCGUGGGAGGAAACGAUACUGUGGAUGCGGGGAGCAACGGAACAAGUUUAGUCCAAAGGAGUCAGUUGAGCACCCGCGUUGUGACUGUGCUGAAAGAAAAGCCUGCCCCAGAACUCAGCCUGGCCAGUCAAGAUUUAGAGCUGGUUUGCAACGAAGAUUCAGAAAUUCUUUCUCGGGCCCUGAGCUGGGACAAACACAAGACCGAAGCCUUAAAGGAGGCAUGUGCCCAGGAGUUCUCAAGACGACGGCAGCAAUUUCACUCUCUAAAUUCACUGAGGACCAUCUCCAAAGGCAAGAAAAAACUGUCAGAAGCUGGGAAGCGGUCCAGUUCUAAACGUAGGAAGUAAAAAGCCCUGGAAGUCGGACUUUUUGAUGCAAUUAAUCACCCUUUUGGUUUUCCCGAAUGGUAACGCCGUCUUUUUUCAAACCACCCAACAACAUAUAAAAGCAAAAGACGUUUGGUGACUCUGUAGUAUCUCACUUCACCAAACUACUUAUUUACGGGAAGCGCUAGUCCAAGACAAAAGUAUUUGAAGACUUAUGGUGUAGAUUGGAAUACAAAGACAAAAAUGCUGUUUUGAAUAAGGCCUUUUCCUUGACGCUUAGAGGUAAUACUACGAAGCUUGCCAAGAUGCAGAAUUUUACCAAAGGACCUCUCCUGCUUUUAAAUAAUUUUGUUAAUUUUACAGGGAUUUUAUAUAUAUGUGUAUAUAAAGUAUCUGAAGCAUGUGGUUUUGAAUAUGAAUAGCUGAUAAUGGAUGCAGGACCGUGGGACAGACUCUACUAUGUUAGUGAUUA